GAUCAUAUGUUUUGUGUCAGUGUCACUUUCUUAAAUGUCAAUAAACGUUUGUUUUGAACGUUUUGAACCUAAAAAUCAGUAUUAAAAAUUACAUAUCUAAUAUAACUAGGAAGAUAAAUAAAUUACUUAAAAUCUAAAUUAUUAAUUUUAUAUAAGCUAAAAAAAUACUUUAAACAUUAUGUCUGACUCAGUACCAUCUCCACAACACCCAGAAACUUCUACUUCGACUGUGACCUUGGUUGAAACCGCUGAUGAACAGGAUCAUUCUGUUCCACGAGUUACAGUGAAAUUAAAAAAACCCAAAGUAAAUAGAAAAGUACAGUGGAGUACAGAAACAGUAGAUAAUGAAAAUUUAGGAAAGAAAAAAUCGAAAUGUUGUUGCAUUUACAAGAAACCGCUGAAAUUUGGUGAAAGCUCAUCUUCGGACUCCUCAGAUGACGAGUGUGAACAUUGUCAAGGCCACGUCGAAAAGAAAAAAAGUGACAGUACAACAACCAAGCAUGAAGAUUCCAGUGUGACAGAAACUGUUAGUAGGGAUUUACCAGUUCCAUGUUCAGGAGAGCCAGGACAGGCUUCAAUAGAGUAGAUAUCACAAGAUCGCCAAAUUUUUAUGUGAAAAUCGUCAGAUGUGGUGACCAGCAUUUCCGGAUCUUUGGGAUUGAACGCGACGGAAUUUACGACGUCUUGAUGGGGGAACUUGGCUAAACAAACUCCAUAAUGGCGGUCCCAGAG